GUACACACCACCCGGGGGUUGUGGGAACCGCAGUUCCGGGAUGGUGGGCGGCGGUGAAGGCGGUGGCCGGGUCGGGCUUCUAGAGAACGCCAACCCCCUCAUCUAUGAGCGCUCGGGGGAGCGGCCAGUGACGGCGGGCGAGGAGGACGAACAGGUGCCCGACAGCAUCGACGCCCGCGAGAUCUUCGAUCUUAUUCGCUCCAUUAAUGACCCGGAGCAUCCACUGACGCUAGAGGAAUUAAAUGUAGUAGAACAAGUUCGGAUUCAGGUUAGCGACCCUGAGAGCACGGUGGCCGUGGCUUUCACACCCACCAUUCCACACUGCAGCAUGGCCACACUUAUAGGCCUUUCUAUCAAAGUCAAGCUUCUUCGAUCCCUUCCCCAGCGUUUCAAGAUGGAUGUGCACAUUACACCCGGGACCCAUGCCUCGGAACAUGCAGUGAACAAACAGCUUGCAGAUAAGGAACGAGUGGCAGCUGCUCUGGAGAAUACCCACCUGCUAGAGGUCGUUAAUCAGUGUCUGUCAGCCCGAUCAUGAGCCUGGCUUUUGACCACCAGCCUGCACACAGGUGUCCUGGCCUCAGCUCCACCAAGGGCUUGUGGCUUUGUUUUCUUGAAUCACUGACAAGGAGAAACUAACAUUUUUCAUUUUGUAAUAAACCCUUAAUUUAUAUUCAUUUCCCAGCAUGCCUUAGCAUCUUCCAUGAUGGAGUCAUUAGGGGUUGUGGAGGGGAUAGUGGUGCCUAUGAAGGAUGUGUCCAUGAGGUGCCCCAUCAUUUUUUGAUUUCUCCCAGUGGGACUGCAAAGAUGGCUCAGCAGUUAAAAACACUGCUCUUGCAGAGGACCUGGGUUAGGUUCUCAGCACUUACAUGGAAGCCCACAACCAUCUGUAACUUCAUUUCCAGAGGAUCCAAUGUCCUAUUCUGACCUCUAUAAGCACAAGGCACACAUGUGGUACACAUACCUACAUUCAGACAAAUACUCAUACACAUAAAAUAAAUCAGUAAGCUGAGUGUGGUGGUGCACCUUUUAGUCCCAGAACUCAGGAGACUGAGGCAAGCAGAUAAUCUGAUUUUUGAGACCAGCCUAGUCUACACAGAGAGUUUUAACUAAAGCUAUAUAGAGAGGCCCUGACUCAAAAAAUGAAAAUAAAUCUUUUUUUUUUUUUAGCUCUUCUAGUGCUUCAGUUAGCAAAAGUUGCAAAUGAAAAAAAAUAAAAAUCUUUAAAGAAAUAUAUAAAUACCUGGAUAGCCAAGCCACCAAUGGGUUCAGUAGUUUCAGUUGACCUGUUGUGACACUGGCCUUAUUUGUGUGUGUUUACAGAACUAUUUCUAGAGGAACCUACAGAGACAUAAAGAACUAUGUCCUAAAUUGA